AAUCACCUCUGGGUUUUUUAUUUUUUCUUAAACAAACCAAAAACCACUGAAAAUGUAAAAAAAAAAAGUUUUUUCUUAGUUUUUGUUUUAAAAUUUUGUAAAGAAGUGAUUUUGCUCCUUCACUGAUGUGCGCUAAUGAGGCUGCAGUGAUGGGCACUGAUAGGCAGCACUGACUGGCACUGUUAGGUGGCACUGACUGGCACUGUUAGGUGGCACUGAUAGGCAGCACUGAUGGGCACUGAUAGGC